UUUUUAUAUUUAUUUAUAGUUUGAAUUAAAUUAUUAAUCAUUUAAUUAGUAUCGAAAUUAUUAUCAAUUAAUUGAAUGCAAAGCAACAAAAUGUCAACAAAUGUGAAUAGCGAUGUGACGAGUGGUGGCCCUCGACGUCGGUCUAGUCUUAAGCAAUACUACGGAACCAAUAGUAGUGACCAUCAGAUGAACAGUCCGUCGAUUUGCGAUCCUUUCGAUAUAAACAGCUCUGACUUUAAUUGCGAUCUCUUUCUCAAUAAAUUAUUAAAAGACAGCACUUUAUCUGAAUUGAUGGAAACCGAACAAAGCCUUUACAAACAGAUCCAGUCGUUGGACAGCGAAAUGCAGACAUUGGUCUACGAGAACUAUAAUAAGUUCAUCAGCGCUACAGAAACCAUACAAAAGGUAAUCAUAUUAACACUACUGUCUAUCCAUUGUCUCAUUCAAUGCAUUCUUCAGAUGAGUUCCCACUUCGACAAAAUGGAAGAAGAGUUGACUCUGUUGUCAACCAAUAUGGAGGGCAUCACUAAAAGUAGUGAUGAGAUAUCAGACAAUUUAAAGGGACGAAGAGAUGACUUGUCAAAGUUGGCCGACACUCACGAAGUGCUCACAAAACUGCAAUUCCUGUUUGAAUUAUCUCCAAAAAUGCGCGAAUCUAUUGAACAAAACCAAUACAACUCAGCCGUCAAAUACUAUUUGAGGGCUGAAAGGACUUUAGGCCAGUAUUUGCACUUCCCUUCCAUUCAAGCCAUUAAUGAGGAAUGUCUUCAAAUUGUCAAUCAAUUGAAGCAAAAGCUCUAUAAAAAACUUUCCAAUCGAGAGGCCUCUCCGAACCAAUUGAACGAAAGCAUAGAAUUGCUGUUAAAACUGAACGAACCGACGGAAAAGCUAUGCCAGGAAUACCUAUCGAUGGCUGAUAAGAGACUGGAAACCAAUUUUUCUGAACUUUAUUAUCAAAAUGAUUUGGCGAACAAAUGGUUGAAUUCUACAUCAGAUGAAUCUCAAUCAUUAUUAGUGGACAUACUUGAAUACAUAGACAUUGCGUGCAAUGGAUUUCUCGGCAAUUUAUCGCUUACUAUAACUUUCUAUUCGGAUAUAUUUCUUCAAAAACCUUUUAGUAAAGCAAAUAUGGAAUCAAAUGAAAGAAUUAAGAAAACAUUACAAGAAUUUGUGGACAAGAAUAUGAAUAAGUUUUUUGAAACAAUACUAAUACGAGUUCAGUCCGAGAAGAAGUCAAUAAACGACACCACUUUGUUUGUCAGAGCUCUCGAUAGACUUUAUAAGCGACUCUUAAGUCUUAACCGAACGUAUGAUUUGAAUGACUUCUCAGUGAAAGCGAUGGCAAUUGUGGAGAAGGCGAGUGAAGAUCAAUGCAAUCACUUCUUAAGUUACCUUAAGAGCAGAUAUCAGGAAGAAUUGACGAAUAUUAGACAUUCCAUUCUAAGCACAUCAUCGCAAUCCAUGUCCACUUCCAGAUCAUCUCAAAUGACAUCCAGUGCUGUGAUUCUCGAAAAGCAAUCGUUAACUGAUUUAUUGAUUACAUUGCAGACAUCCAUCAGUGAACUCAUCAAAUCGGUUGUGGCGGCACUCAUGCCAUUCACAGAUCCUGAGGUGACAUUUGCCGCCAAAACACAGUUUCAACAAAAGUUUAGCACAAAAUUUGUUCGCGAAGUCGUUGUCAUCGGAUUUAUAAGACAUAUUCUCACCGUUUCGUUGGAAUACGAGAAGAAUUACUCGACGGCGACGUCUCCUCCCUCUCAACUCAUUCUACUAUUGUCUCGACUUUGUUUAGAUUUCGACACUUCUAUCAUCGGUUAUCUGUUGUCCUUCACUGAAGAGCAGUUCAAUAUAUACAACAAUUCUGAUCCCAAAAUGACUUCAUUGUCGGAUGUGUGCAAAGAAGCGCACGAAACGGCUCAACAGUUGCUCAACCAUUUCGUGCGAUUAGAGGGCCAUAACAUCUCGCAAAUGAUUCGCAAGAGUGUUGAGACCAGAGAUUGGUUGAGUUCAGUGGAGCCCCGGUCUGUACGCUCUGUCAUGAAGCGAGUGAUUGAAGAUAUCGCACAAAUCGACGCACAGGUCGGACAGCUCUACGAAGAGGGACACCGUUUUGAACGCAGCUCUGACUCCAGUAAAAGUCGGCGAACUUUUAGCGCAAUAGGAAUCGGAGGCAGACAUUCAUCCGCUAAUAAGUCGUCCAAUUGGAGCGCUUAUGGGCCGAGUACUUUCGACAACAGUCUGAUGUCAAACAUACAAAAACUAUUCACCGAAAAGAUUGAAAUUUUCAGUUGUGUUGAGUUCUCGCGACUCUCGGCAUUGACCGGAAUUAUUAAAAUCGGACUCAAAACUUUGAUAGAAUGCGUUCGUUUGUGUUCAUUCAGUCGAUAUGGUUUACAACAAAUGCAAGUCGACUCAUAUUAUCUGCAAACACACGUCUGGGCCUAUGCUUCCGAUGAGAAGUACUAUUACAUAGUUUUGGUUUACGUAUUGAUAGAUGAGGUUCUGUUGAGUGCUGUUCAUCGAUGUAUUGAUCCCGUUAUGAUGGAAAUGAGCACUUUGAUAGAAUGCGUUCGUUUGUGUUCAUUCAGUCGAUAUGGUUUACAACAAAUGCAAGUCGACUCAUAUUAUCUGCAAACACACGUCUGGGCCUAUGCUUCCGAUGAGAAUUUGGUUUACGUAUUGAUAGAUGAGGUUCUGUUGAGUGCUGUUCAUCGGUGUAUUGAUCCCGUUAUGAUGGAAAUGAGCGUCGUCGAGAAGAUAUGCGACGGAUUGUAGAAUGCAUUCAAAUGUAAUAUAAAAUAAAAAAAUGCAAAUUUUGUAAAAUUUAAAAUAUCUUCAAAUGCAAUAAAAUCAUUAUAAUUUGAUUAAAAUGGCGAUCAAUAUUAAAAGCACUGAUUAAAACAUACAACA